GUUUGACAUUUGAUGGCCCAACAUUAUGGUCUCACCAAACCCCUGCUUCCCUCUCUUUUUUAUUAAACCCAACAACUUUUCUUCCACUCCACUCAUCUCAUUUCCUCCUCCAAAAUCAUAAUCUGAUUAAUCUUUCAGUUUCAAUUUUCUUAGAAAAAUUGUCUAAUAAAUGGGUGGUCAAUCUAAGGUCUUCACUUUAGCUGAGGUUUCUAAUCACAACAAUGCCAAGGAUUGUUGGCUUAUUAUCAGUGGCAAGGUGUAUAAUGUGACGAAGUUCUUGGAAGAUCACCCAGGUGGUGGUGAGGUUUUAUUGUCCGCAACAGGAAAGGAUGCUACCGAUGAUUUUGAGGAUAUUGGUCACAGCAGUAGUGCUCGAGCAAUGUUGGACGAGUAUUACGUAGGUGAUAUUGAUUCAUCAACCAUACCAACAAAGGUCAAAUACACUCCUCCAAAGCAGCCUCAUUACAACCAGGACAAAACAACAGAGUUCAUUGUCAAGCUCCUCCAAUUCUUGGUUCCUCUCAUUAUUCUAGGUGUGGCUUUUGGCGUUCACUUCUACACCAAACAGUCAGCUUGAAGAUUGAUUAUGGUGAUCUCAUAAUAAGAAUCCAAAUUAGCGAGACGUUAGAAGAGCAAAGAGGAAGGGAAAAAAAGAGCUUUUACUUUGUUAACCAGGCAAAUAAUCUUGGUUAAGUUCUAUUCUGGGAACAGUAAAGAUAUAUUUGGUUUCUGUGUUAGUGAGGAUGCCUUUGCGUUUCUUUGUUGCCAUUUAAAUAGUCUUCUUUUUUAUUAUCCAAGUCUCUGAACUUGGAUUCUUGGCUUUUGGUGUUUGCUUUUAUAAUCUUAUCACCUGAUAUACGUUGCUUUUUUCCAAAGUAUGCCAAAAGAUGUUAUGAUUUGCAUUGUCAAAAUCCUUUCCAAUUCUAUA